ACUCCCCAAAGCCGGGCCUGCUGGGAGGAGGAGGAGGAAGUCUCUGCCCUGCGAGUGUGGCCUCCCAUGGACACCAAGAUGCAGAGCCUUCCCACCACUCAUCCCCACCCCCACAGCUCCUCGCGGCCUCAAAGUCACACCAGUAACCAGUGCAAUCAGUGCACCUGCAGCCACCACUGCCGGAGCUGCAGCCAGGCAGGCCACACGGGCUCCAGCUCCAGCCCCAGCCCUGGCCCGCCCAUGAAGCACCCCAAGCCAUCCGUGCACUCUCGACACUCACCUGCAAGACCCAGCCACCGCGGGAGCUGCCCCAAGAACAGGAAGACCUUUGAAGGGAAAGUGAGCAAGAGAAAGGCGGUCAGGAGGCGGAAACGGACUCACAGAGCUAAGAGGCGUAGCUCAGGGCGAAGAUACAAGUGACGCACUCCAGGAUGUUCCUGUGUCCAUUUGAUCCCAAAAUGAGAUAGCCAUCACUAGGGGACUGUUGGGAUGAUGAUGUUACAGGAACAUGUCACUGCAGCAAUUUCUAUGCAACAUGGAUUAAAGCUUGUACCCUGGAAGACUA